AUGGGCACCGCGAAUAUGGACAUGGGCGCCUUCUUCCGAGGGCUGCUCCCCACGGCAGUUGCUAACGAAACGGGUUUCGCUGCCAAUGACUCGAGUACGCAUAACAUGCACGCCAACGUGAUUGAGAGCCUGUUGCCACUUAUCGGACUCAGGAGCUUUGCUCCAAUGUACAGCUUCAUAGGAAACUGGCUGGGCUACGAUCCCACUUUCAUACUCACUGCAUUGGGUUUCCUCUGGGCUUCCAACAAGGUGAUGCGCCAGAUGUAUCACCUCUUCUACGGACUCAUCACUGAGCACCUGAUGAGCACCAUCCACAUCAGCAGUACGGACGACAUUUAUCUUCAUAUCAUGAAGUGGCUGGCAAUGCAGCCCAAGAUGGUCAACUCGAGAGCACUGACGGCCGAGACGGUGAGCAAGACGGCGUGGGAAGACGAGGAGGAGUCCAACGUCGCUCGCGACCUGUCUGGACUAUAUCUCAACUUCUCAAACCAGGAAGCAAGAGCCCCGCCACAAUAUGUCCCUGCUCUGGGUCUGCACAACUUUUGGUGGAAAGGCCAAUACUUCAGACUGCACCGCAAGAAGGAAUCGUUCUUGGACGAGGGCGGUGCUAACGGCAUCAGCACCUUCAAGGAUAAGGAAGACCUGAUGAUCUCGUGUCUCUGGAGAAGUCCAGAACCUAUAAAGCAACUCCUAGCGCACGCCAAGCAGAAUUACUACAGUGACCACCAGGCUAGGACCAUCGUCAAAAGACCCAGCCCUCAGAACCUACGUCGGUAUGGCGGCCACUAUAACUGGCAGCAGGUUGCCAACCGGCCAGUGCGAGAUAUGCGAACCGUAGUGCUUGACCAGCGCCAGAAACUGCGGGUCCUUGCCGACAUCAACGAGUACCUGCACCCCGAGAGCCCGCGGUGGUACGCAAACCGAGGCAUCCCGCUAAGACGAGGAUACCUCUUCCACGGUCCCCCGGGUACCGGAAAGACAUCUCUGUCCUUCGCCCUAGCCGGCGUCUUCGGACUCGACAUCCACGUCAUCUCCCUCCUAGAGCCCAGUCUGACCGAAGAAGAUCUAAGCGCCCUGUUCAACUCGCUCCCCCGUCGCUGCGUGGUUCUUCUCGAGGACAUCGACACAGCUGGCCUCCGCCGUCCAUCCGAAGAGCUCGAGCAGGUCCAGAAACCCAAAGACGACAAAUCCAGCAAGGACGACGCGAAGAGCACGCCCAACGACUGGAAGGUCAGCGACCUAGCCAAGGCCCUCAAGAAGGACACCGACGACCAGAAAAAGGGCAUCUCCCUAUCCGGACUUCUAAAUGCCAUUGAUGGGGUCGCAAGCCACGAGGGCCGAGUCCUGAUCAUGACGACAAACGUCCCCGAGUCCCUCGACGACGCCCUGAUCCGGCCCGGUCGGGUCGAUCUGCAAGUCGCCUUCACGAACGCGACCAAGAUACAAGCGCAGGAACUCUUCAUCCGGAUGUACGAAGGCGACCAGGGCCGGCCGCGCCACAGCAGGGCCAAGCAGCAGGAGCCGGGCACCCCGAUGAACGGGAAGAGCGCCGAAGCGCCCACCAACGACCACACCACCACCGCCGCCGCCCCGCUGGCGCCCGAGACCUCGAGCGCCGUGGCGUCGGGCGACCUGGACAUUUCGCUCGACGAGCUGCCACACAUCGCACGGGAAUUUAGCGACAGAAUCCCCGACGGCGAGUUCUCGCCCGCCGAGAUCCAGGGCUACCUGCUCAAGCGCAAGAAGCACCCGCGCAAGGCGCUGGAGGAGGCCGGGGUGUGGGCCGAGGCCAUGGUGCGGCAGAAGGCUAGCAAGACCAAGAUCUUGCAGGUGCAAUAG